GUGUGUGUACGUGUGUGUAUGUGUGUCGUUGGACGUCACGUGAAGGGUGACAGGUGAACUGCUUGCCUGCCUAUUCGGCAUUGGCGGUAUCGUCGACGCCAAUUGCUUGCCAUGCGACGAAUAUGGUUGACACAAGCCAACCAUUAGCCCAACACCACACGCCAUCAGCAAAUCGAGUAGAGCUGUCACUUUAAAGUGUUUUUGAUACUCGACGUUAUUACGGUAAAAUAGCAGCCAACAUCAUCACCACCGACGUUAUCUACAUAUCAGCUUAGCCGGCGCCGAUUACUUGAAUUGCACUUCAGUAGCUUAUUAACGCAGAUCUCGUUUAUGAUAACUGCUGAGCCAAUUAGUGCAAGCGUCUAUCCACACCUAGCCUAUAGCUGCUGCUUCUCUCUGCAUUUACUUGUUAAAGUUCAAAUAUGACCGUUUCAUAUGCCGGUGAAGUGCCGAACGGUAGCAACUUUGGCUGUUUCUGGCGUAUUCUGUGGAAAUGGCGUGGCAGCGUUUACAAAUUGGUGUGGCGUGAACUAAUCGCAUAUUUAUGUCUAUAUUACACAAUAAAUUUAGUUUAUAGACUCGUUUUAAAUGAUCAACAGCAACAAAUUUUCAACAAAGUGCGCAUAUAUUUCGGCCAACAAGGCGAGAGCAUACCCAUGUCAUUUGUACUGGGUUUCUAUGUGAAUAAGGUGGUGCAGCGUUGGUGGGAGCAAUAUAGAUUAUUGCCGUGGCCCGAUACUUUGGCGUUAUUUAUUAGCGCUGCCAUACCGAACUCCACGGGUGGAGUUAAUAAUGAAACCGGACGCCUCAUGCGUCGCAACAUUAUGCGUUACAUGGUGCUCGCCUACGUCAUCACACUGCAACGCAUCUCAUUGCGUGUUAAGCGACGCUUUCCCACCACACAACAUCUCGUGGAUGCUGGUCUCAUGCACGAGUCUGAAUCGAAAAUUUUCGAUGCACUUAAUGCCAAAAGUCCCAUGUCCAAAUACUGGAUGCCGCUGGUUUGGGCCACGAAUAUUAUAAAUCGGGCACGUAAAGAGGGUCUGAUAGCAUCCGAUCACAUUGUACAAACAAUACUGAUGGAAUUGUCCGAUAUACGUAGACGUCUGGGUGGUCUGAUUGGCUACGAUACGGUGUGCGUGCCGCUGGUGUAUACGCAGGUUGUGACACUGGUGCUGUACACGUAUUUUAUAGCUGCGUUGGUGGGACGUCAGAUGCUGCCCAACAUGACCGAUGCCAAAGAUCCAGACUUGUACUUUCCGUUAUUUACGGUUCUGCAAUUCGUAUUUUAUGUAGGCUGGCUUAAAGUCGCUGAAGUAUUAAUAAAUCCGUUUGGAGAAGAUGAUGAUGAUAUUGAACUAAAUUGGCUUAUAGAUCGGCAUAUAAAAGCCGCCUACAUGAUCGUCGAUGAAAUGCACGAAGAGCAUCCAGAGUUAUUACGCGAUCAGUAUUGGGAAUGUGUAGUGCCGAAGGAGUUGCCCUACACUGUCGCUUCGGAACAUUAUCGUCGUGAAGAGCCCAAAGGUUCGGCGGAGAAUUACAAAAUAAAGAAAGAGGAUGCCAUGUACGCGAAUAUAGUACCCGGUGGCGGCAAACGUGGCCUGGUCGAUGAUGUUUAUGCGGAUUAUGAGAGCGUCGAUACGCCCAUGGUGGAGCGACGCAAACACAACUGGCUUCAAAGACAACUCUCACGCAUGGGCUCCAUUCGCAGUCAAUCUACCGCGUAUUCAUCAAGUGGUAUGGCUUUCAAUCGUAAUCGCCUAAAUUCCGUUUACUCUAGUCCUGAAUCUGGUAUACCGGUGAAUAUGUUGCAGCAGCAACAACAGCAGGCGCAACAACAACAGCAGCAGCAACAGCAGGGUCAAUCAACACAAAUGCAAUCGAAGCCAAGUUUUUAUGGAAAAUUUGUUAACCGUAGAUCGCAAAGAGCGCAGAAGCAGUUGAUGAAGCAAAAUUCGAAACUGAAUGGUCUCAAUGCGAAUAUUCCUAAGCCACGACCGCGCAUACCUACACCCGACGUCGCCAAAGAGUCCGCCGAAAGGGAUUAUAAUGGCACUAAAACCGUUAUUAUGACACCACAGUUGAGCACACAAACCUCUAUGUAUCCCUACACGAGCACCACCAAUCAGCAAGAUGGACCUGUUUUGGGCACACUUUUAUUAUCGCCCAUUAAAGAAAUGGAUAGUUCAUCUUCGAAUAAUACUCUGAUUCCAGGGCAUCCGACCACAACGGCAUUGGCACAAGCCAUUUUGCCAACCAAUCUGAAAGAUGUGAACUUCGGGGUGGCAUCACCGCCCGUCACCACCAAUAUCACACAUAUCAUGCCGGCAGGCACUUUGAAUAUUUUACCCAUAAGCGCUGCACAAAUGGCCACCAUUACAACCAGCGCCAGCGGCUUCGAUACUGGCGAACUCAUCACCACAACUCCUCUAUCUUUGUCAAUACAACGUUCACCCUCAAUGCGCUCCAUCAACGACUUCAAUGGUAAUGAGAAUGCAGAUGUGUCGCAUAAUUACACGGGUUCUGCUGGUAAUGGCGCUGGAGGUAGUGGUGGCGGUGGAGGUGGUGGUUUGGUAGCCACCACCAAUAAUGCGAUACUCACCAUAAAACCACUGAAUAGCGGUGCCAGCCUUUCGCGAAAUAACAGUUUUAAUGCCAACUUGAAUUUGGACUCAUAUGUGUUGGAGCGGAACGCUUCUGUGCGUUCAGCUGGGCAGCCGAACGGCAGUAGUGUCACUGAUGGCGCAAGCACAACGGUGACGCGUGAAGAGGGUCGCGGAGAGAUUAUCGGAGCGAGUGGCGCAUCGAUGCCGUCAACUUUGGCGAAACGUACACCAGAGCCUGCAAAAGGCACGAAAGAAGUGUAUGUGUGAGCGAGAAGGAAAAAGGUCAGCGUACACAGUUCUGAUAGCACACGAUAAGUUAACGGUGUCAUAAUUACGAGAAACGUUGGUACUUUGAUGGUGCCUUGAAUCUUUAAAAUGCAAUUGUGCUUCCUUGCGCCUUAGCUUUUUGUAGCAUACCUACAGGCGCAAUGUUUCUAAUGGUUUUUACCGCUAUCAAGUUUGCGAGUGUUGCCAGAUUUUUUGCAUGCAUAUGCAAACUAGGAAUGUUUAGUUGAGUGAAUAAAUAAAUAAAUUUGUAAAUAUGUCUGUAUGUAUAGUUUAGAUUUCAAACGUGUUUAGAGUAUAUUUUUUAGCAAAGCAUUUUUCUAUCUUAUUACCACUACAUUCACCCUUAAGCCAAUUGGGAAAAAAUAAUAAUCCAAAGUAUUCAAAAAUUAUAUUUUACUCGAAUUGUACAUAAGAUUGAUCAAACCUUUUUAUUAUUAUAAAAUACUUACUUUAAAAUCGUUUAAUUGCUGAGCUAUACAUUCCUCAAAGCUGUUUAAAAUACAGUGUUCCAAGUGUAGUUAAUUUUAAAAACAACUAUUACCGUUAUGAAGCAGUCCUACAUUGUGUUAGCUUUUUGAUUAAUAGCUUCUCAUACAUUUGUAUGUAUUUGUAAAGCUAAUAAAAAAUUUUAUUAUAUCGAAAUCUAUAAGUGGGAAGAAGUGUAAACUUGUAUUUAAAUUUAAAUAAUAUAAAUUAAUUAAAUAAAAUUUAUUAUAGAACGUUUAACAAUAUCUGUAAGUAUGCAAAUUGAAUCUCCAUAAAAAAUCUAAAACCGAAUGAAAUGUUUUGUGAUAUUUGCCAUGCAUACAAAUAUUUAUGUGUGUAUCUAAUGUAUCUAAUGAAAAAAAAGUAUCUAUAUAUACAUGUAUGUGUUAUAUAUUGUAAUUAAUUGUUAGUAGUAGAAUUGUUGAUCAAAUUAAAUGUUAUUAAUUUUUGUUUAGCCAUAUAUUAUAUUUUAAGAUAUAA